AGAGUUAGUUUUUGGAGUUGGAGAGUGACGAUUACAGAGUAGUUUUUGUAAGCGGAGGAGAAACUGUUUUACUUGCUACUUCCACGACGGCGCGUGUCACAAAACCCACAAAGAAAGCUUUCAAAUUUGAGCAAUUCGCUUCUUCGAUUCCUCAAUUUCGCAAGUUGUGAAAUUGGUGUUGUUUUCGUCCUCUCUUUCUUUUAAUGAAUCUGGGUCACUAGGGUUUCGAACGGAAAUGUUCACUCCGCAGAGGAAUCGGUGGCCGGAGACUGACCGGAAGGGAAAGGCCAUAGCUUUUUCCGACGAAAUUAUGACACCUCCUCCGCAAACAGUGCUUCUCCGAGAGGACGAUGAUUGGCGGAAGUUCAAAGAGGUUGGUUUGCUCGAUGAAGCUUCUCUAGAGAGAAAAGAUCGUGAUGCUCUUAUAGAGAAAAUCUUGAAGCUUGAAAAAGAGUUGUUUGAUUACCAACAUAAUAUGGGGCUUUUGCUAAUUGAGAAGAAGAAGUGGACUUCAACAAAUGUACAACUUCAACAAGCUUAUGAUGAAGCUACAGAGAUUCUUAAACGUGAAAAGACGUCGAAUGUAAUUGCUUUAAAUGAAGCUGAAAAAAGAGAAGAGAAUCUUAGAAAAGCUUUGAUCGCUGAGAAGCAAUUUGUGGCUGAGCUUGAGAAGGAUUUGAAGUAUUGGCAACAAGAACAUUCUGUGGUGAAGUCUACUUCUGAGGAAAAGUUAGCGGAAGCUAAUGCUUUGGUUAUUGGUAUGAAGGAAAAAGCUUUAGAGGUGGAUAGAGAGAGAGCUAUUGCUGAAGAAAAGUUUUCAGUGAUUAAUAGAAAGAGUUCUGAGUUAGAACGGAAACUAAAGGAGGUGGAGACUCGUGAAAAGGUGUUUCAAAGGGAGCAUCUUUCGCUAGUUACAGAAAGAGAAGCACAUGAGGCAGUGUUUUACAAGCAGAGAGAAGACCUACAGGAAUGGGAGAAGAAGCUAACACUAGAAGAAGAUAGGCUGUCUGAAGUUAAAAGAAGUUUUAACCAUAGAGAAGAAAUAAUUAUGGAAAAGGAAAGAACCAUCAAGAAGAAAGAGAAGAUCCUUGAAAACUUGCAGCAAAAGAUUUAUAUUUCUAAGUCAGAAUUGACAGAGAAAGAGGAAUCUAUAAAGAUUAAGCUAAAUGACAUUUCUUUGAAGGAAAAAGACUUCGAGGCCAUGAAGGCUAAAGUUGAUAUCAAAGAGAAGGAGCUCCAUGAGUUUGAGGAGAAGCUUAUUGAAAGGGAGCAGAUGGAAAUUGGGAAGCUCCUUGAUGAUCAGAAGGCUGUUCUAGAUUCAAGAAGGCAGGAGUUUGAAAUGGAGCUUGAACAGAUGAGGAGAUCCCUUGAUGAAGAACUCAAGGGAAAGAAAGCUGAAAUCGAGCAGCUGCAAGUUGAGAUCAGCGACAACGAAGAGAAGUUGGCUAAGAGAGAGGCAGCUUUAGAAAAAAUGGAGGAGGGAGUGAAGGAGAAAGAGAACGAUCUUGAAGCAAUUCUCAAAACUGUGAAGGAAAAAGAAAAAUCUCUAAAAGCUGAAGAGAAAAAGCUGCAUAUAGAAAAUGAGAGAUUGCACGAAGAUAAGGAUUGUCUGCGUAAACUAAAAGAUGAGAUUGAAGAGAUUGGGGCUGAGACAACAAAGCAGGAAUCAAGGAUUCGCGAAGAACAUGAAAGUCUCAGGGUUACAAAAGAAGAGAGAGUCGAGUUUCUGAGGCUGCAAUCUGAACUGAAGCAGCAGAUAGAUAAAGUUAAGCAAGAGGAGGAGGUUCUCUUGAAAGAACGUGAAGAACUGAAACAAGAUAAGGAAAGAUUUGAGAAAGAGUGGGAAGCUUUGGAUCAGAAGAGGGCUGACAUAACUAAAGAGCAAAACGAAGUUGCUGAAGAAAAGGAGAAACUGAGAAAUUUGCAAAUAUCAGAAAAGCAUAGGCUGAAGAGAGAAGAGAUGACCUCAAGGGAUAAUUUGAAGAGGGAAUUGGAUGGUGUCAAGAUGCAGAAAGAAUCAUUUGAAGCCGACAUGGAAGAUCUUGAGAAGCAAAAAAGGAAUCAUGACAUGGAGUUUCAGAGGCAAGAAGAAGAGGGUGAGAGAGAUUUUAAUGAAAGGGCGAGAACAUAUGAGAAGAGAAGCCAAGAAGAGCUUGACAACACCAAUUACACAAAGAAGCUGGCUCAAAGAGAGAUGGAAGAAGUGCAAUACGAGAAGCUUGCUCUUGAGAGGGAAAGAGAACAAAUUUCUGUCCAAAAGAAGUUGUUGAAAGAACAAGAAGCUGAGAUGCAUAAGGACAUCACUGAGGUAGAUGUACUUAGAAGCUCUUUGAAGGAGCAACGAGAAAAAUUUAUCUGUGAAAGGGAGCGUUUCCUAGUAUUUCUGGAAAAACUUAAGAGCUGCAGUUCCUGUGGAGAAAUAACCGAAAAUUUUGUUCUGUCCGAUCUUCGACUACCUGAUGUUGAAGAUGGGGACAAACGUUUCGGGAAACAAAAAUUAAAAGUAGAGGAAGCUUUGAACAUUUCUCCCAGUGCAGAGAAUAGCAGGAGAACAUCUUUGCUUGGGAAAAUCGCUUCAAAGCUAUUGAGCAUAUCACCAAUUGGGAAAGAUAAAAUCACUGAUGUGGGUAUAACGGCUAAGCUUCCAGAAUCUUCGCAACCUGAUGAUACUCUGGAUAUAGUGUCAGGCGAUGAUCAUGAACCGUCUGCUACUGAACAGAGUUUCACAGAUAGUAGAAUACAAGAUGGUCCUGAAGGUUCCCUGCAAUCAGAGAUAAAAAGUGAUAAACCUAGACGAGGUAGAGGUAGAGGUAGAGGUAGAGGUAGGGGUAAGUCUGCUAGAGGAAGAUCGCAAGCAACAAAAGCUGCCUCUAGAGAUUCAAAACCAUCUGAUGGUGAAAUUCCAAGGAAGCGACAACGUGAACAGACUUCUAGAAUCACAGAAAGUGAACAGGCAGCUGGUGAUAGUGAUGAUGGUGUAGACAGUACCACAACUGGUGGACGUAGGAAAAAAAGACAGAUAGCUGUUCCAGUCUCUCAAACGCCUGGACAAAGCCGAUAUCAACUCAGGAGACAUAGAAAUGUAGGAACAGAAGAAGAUAAAGCACAAGCAUCAAUGGGUGCCACUAAAAAACAAGAGAGUGUCAAUGGUGAUAUUAGAACAGUGCCAAGUCCGAAGGAAACUCUUACUCCACCGCAAGAUGAGAAUAGAGAAAUUGGCAAAGCUGAAGUAUUCGUGGAGACGGUAACACAUGAGGAGAUUGUUAGGGUUGAAGUAGAGACUGAGUUCAAGGAUAACAACACGGGAAAUAGGCUAGUCGAAGAUCAGCAGUUGGAAGCAGGAGGCAGCGGUGAAAUAAGAGAGCAUGGUGAAGAUGAUGAUGAGAAUUUCAGCAUGAACGAAGAUGAGAACGAAGGAGAGGAAGAAGAAGAAACAGAGCGCCAAGGUGAUGCUUCCAUAGGAAAGAAGAUUUGGGUCUUUUUCACAACUUGAUCAUUUUCUUUAUUUCUCUCUAAAUAACAAAAACUAUCCCACAAGUAGGAUUUUGCAACAUCUUGUUAUGUGUUGGUUCUUUUUUAACUUCUUUUUCUUUUUCUAAGCAACUUUAAACAAAAAGGCAUGGGCAUUGUAGGAAAUGUAACAUUUGAUUCUUACU